UUGACAGAUCUACUACCACAGAGAUCUACAUUUUUUUCCAACUGGGCUUGUAUUUUUUUCAUCAAAAUUAUUCGCCCAAUCACCCAAUUCAACAAAUGCUUAUGCAAUGAGCGAUGGUCGUUCUGUUAGUGGUCAAUUAAAGAAGUUUGUGUUCCGCGGGAAGGCAUCCAGCAACGGUGACAUUCGAGGUGAAUAUCUCGAGAUCGUCAUACCCGAGCUCCUGUCGGCAGGUUACUCGUUCUACACGUGGCCUUCUGCGCCGCUACUGGCUUGGUAUUUGUGGACUCAGAGGAGGCAUUUACGCGGUCUCAGAGUUCUAGAACUCGGCUGUGGGACCGGCUUACCUGGAAUUUUAGCCGCGAAGUGUGGAGCUCACGUGACUCUCACAGAUAGUGUUGCGUUACCCCGAUCGUUAAGACAUUUAUCAGCGUGCUGUGAGGCGAACGGGUUAACUCCUGAUCGUGACGUGCAAGUGCUAGGCCUCGCUUGGGGACUCUUCCUCUCUGAAGUGCAUAAUCUACGUCCUGUAGACUUGCUUUUAGCAUCGGAUUGCUUUUACGAACCCUCGCAGUUUGAGGAAGUGCUAUCAACUGUAGCGUAUUUCUUGGACGGUACUGACGCACGGUUUUUGUGUGCUUACCAGGAGCGGAGUGCGGACUGGUCCAUUGAAGCUCUGCUGAAGAAGUGGGGACUCAAAGGUGCACUUUUGGACUUGGAUUCGUUGAGCGAGAGUACCGGUUUAGAUCCUACUACUAGUUACUUGUCCAGAAUGGCUGAAGCACUACCAGGUAACUCCGACUCAGAUUUCUCUGAUGAAGAGUCAAUAAGUCCUUUAGAUCAAUCAUUUAACAAAGCAUCUGAUCAUGUGAGAAAGAUCACAUCGAAACUUGACAACAAUCAACUCUUAGAACUUUAUGGAUUAUUCAAGCAAAGUACCGAGGGUAAAUGUAACACUCCGAAGCCUGGGUGGUUAGAUGGGAGAGGGAGGAGAAAAUGGGAAGCCUGGAGAGCCCUAAAUGAUAUGCCAUGUGAAGAAGCCAAACAGAAAUAUAUUGAGUUGGUCCAGAAACUAGAUCCAGAGUCCGAGGUAAUAUCUCAAGGUGGUCCCAAAGAAGCAUGGGCAGCCGUAUCAUCACUAAGAUACUCUCCUGAGCCAGAGUUAGUUCAUAACAACUUGACAGUAUUUGACGCUGCAAGGGAAAACUUGGGAGAACUAGUCCAUGAACUAUUAACUAAAAAUCCAGACUUAAAACAUGAGAAGGAUGAUGAUGGCUUAACAGCCUUACACUGGGCUGCUGAUAGGGAUGCCACUUAUGCUCUAAAUGUGUUAAUAAAAGCCGGUUGUGAUGUUAAUGCAGUGGACAACUUUGAUCAGACACCCUUGCACUAUGCAGUAUCAUGCGACCACGUUAAGUCAACACAGAUAUUAGUUGAUGCUGGAGCAGCAUUCCUAAAAGACAAUGAAGAUUGUACUCCUUUAGAUUUAGCUACAAAUGAUGAGGUUCGGAAUAUUCUGGAGAGUGCUAACAAGUAAAACAUGUAUAUUACAUAGUUAUAAUAUGCCAUUUUUAAUGAUUACUUAGUUAUAGAAACAUAGUUAUUGGGAAUAAAAUUUGAGUUUAC